AUGAGCUUGCGCGAACCAAGCUCCCGCACUGGAUCGAGUCCUAUGGCUCGGUCUACAGGGGAAAAGCGGACGCCACCAUGGCUGCAUUUUGCUGCUGGAGGGGCUGGCGGUAUGUGUGGCGCCAUCAUCACGUCGCCUUUGGACGUCGUCAAGACACGACUGCAAUCCGACCUGUACCGUGGACGUGCUACUCUAGCCGCUGAACGACCAGGGUUCAUGGGCGUCCUUGUUCGUGCCGCCCUGCAGUUUGUGGAUACCAGCCGUUUGUUGGUCGACAUUGCCCGUCGCGAAGGCACAUCUGCUCUUUUUAAAGGGUUGGGCCCUACCUUGGUGGGCGUAAUUCCCGCACGCUCUAUCAAUUUCUACACAUAUGGCAAUGGAAAACGUAUCAUCGCCGAGCACUGGCAUGGCGGUGCUGAGUCGUCCAUGGUGCAUCUCAGCGCUGCAGCGAUCGCUGGUAUCAUUACGUCUACGGCCACCAACCCCAUUUGGGUCGUUAAAACCCGUCUACAACUCGAAUCACAGCUACGGGAGGCGCAGAAUCAGGCUGCAAGGCAAGCAGCUGUUGGCCAAGUGCGCACAUCCUCCCCCACCCAACAUGCCACGCCAUCAGCUGCAGGUCGCACACCCGAUGUGCCUCAGCGAUGUCUCUCCACGGCGACUCUACCUCGUGCCCGGUUCUUCCAGGCGCAGCCGCCGCCACAGCACCCCAGUACCAAUGCGCUACGCAUGACCCUGGAUAUCUUCCGCAACGAAGGCAUUCGUGGAUUUUACAAAGGUCUAAGUGCAAGUUACUUGGGUGUCUCGGAAAGUACCAUCCAGUGGGUACUUUACGAGCGUUUGAAGCACUGGCAACGACGCGAUGAACAGCUUACUUGGUUCCAAACGGUAAGCUCGGCCGGCACAGCCAAGAUGGUAGCGACCAUCAUUACAUACCCCCACGAAGUGAUUCGUACGCGUUUGCGGCAGCAACCUGAGAAUGGUAUACGCAAGUACACAAACUUGGUGCAAACCUUCCGCUUGGUAUUGCGGGAAGAAGGCGCUGCGUCGUUCUAUGGCGGUCUGAGCGCGCAUCUUAUGCGUGUCAUUCCAAACGCCGUGGUCACCUUUUCCAUCUAUGAAUUCGUGUUAAUGCUUGGAUCUAGUAUGUAG